AUUUUCCCCGUUACUCGUGAGCGCAUCCUUCCCCGGCUCCGUCCGCGCGGCUCUUUUCUUGGUCUCACGGGGACCGUCUCUGUUACUUUCGCUUUCCGUACUUUUUCUCCGACUCCCUUCUCCUCUCUCGCUGGCUGUGGCAUUUUCCUCUCUCUUCUCCAUCCCCUAAUUUAGGGUUUCUCCGAGCUCUUUGCUCCCGAUGGAAGCGGGGGAUUCGGCGCCGCUCACCGGAGCGGGGAUCCACGGCUUUCAGACAGUAGCUGAUUUGCGUAUAGAGAAGUUGAUGGAAGAUGCCUUGACAAGGUGGCUUCGGCCUAAUGAAGUCCAUGCAAUACUGUCUAACUCCACGCUCUUCAAGAUCCAACCUCAACCUAGUGAGAAUCCAAAAAGCGGAACCAUUCUGUUGUUCGACCGUACAAUGCUGAGGAACUUUCGUAAAGAUGGCCAUAAUUGGAAGAAGAAAAAGGAUGGGAAGACUGUUCAAGAAGCCCAUGAAAAAUUAAAAAUUGGGAAUGAAGAAAGGAUCCAUGUUUAUUAUGCUCGCAGUGACGAUGAUCCUAACUUCUACCGUAGGUGUUACUGGCUGCUUGAUAAGAAUUUGGAGCGCAUAGUUCUUGUACAUUAUCGUCAAACUUCAGAGAACCCACCAACACUGGUGGAAUGUACAGAUGCUUCAUCCUUGACAAACAGGAUGCAUCAUGGUUCUCCAUCAACACCAAUGAUUUCUUCUGGUUCAGCUCGUUCAGAGCUGUCUGGAUCUGCAGUUAUGUCAGAAGAAAUCAACUCGAGGGAGGAUCGUGCAAUCAACACUGGUUCUGGUAUAUCUCUGUCUGACAAGUAUAAUGAGCUUCGGAAUCAAGAGUUUAGUCUUCAUGACAUCAACACACUGGACUGGGAAGAUCUAGUGGAGCCACCAACUUCCACUGUUUCUGUGUUAUGUAGAGAAGGUGAUGCUCUAUCCUCUGUCCAACAGAUGCCAGAUGGUUUAAGGAAUUCUGUAAACAAUCUUAGCGUUCUUCCAUCUCAUGAUGUGGUUGAGGGAGUACCUUCUUCUGGACAUCCAACUGAUAUUACUAAUGAUAAUGGGAUCGAUGGAGUUAACUGCAGUGGUUACUUUCAAGCAGCAAAGGAUCAGGAGAACCCAUCACUGCUGUUCGAGACCAUGAAUUCAACUAUUCAAGAGGCAGAUUUUAAAUUAGAUUCUGCUCAUAGCAGUGCAAGCCCAGAUAUUUUUACUGGUGAUGUCUUCCUUACUCAUAAUAGUUUUGGAGGGUGGAAUUCGAUGAACGAAGAUUCCUUUGGCUUAGUGACUGAGCAACUUGAAGCCUUAAAUUCGAGUGGUGACAAAUCAAAUGCUUUUACAAUAAUGGACCAGUCCUCAACUACGGAACAAAUUUUCAGUAUUAGUGACAUCUCACCUGGAUGGGCUUAUUCCACAGAGGAAACCAAGGUUCUGGUUGUAGGACAUUUCACUGACCCAUACAAACAUCCAAUGACAUCCAAUAUCUAUUGUGCCUUUGGGGAGAUGCAUGCUGCUGCAGAGCUGAUUCAAGCUGGUGUUUACCGCUGCACUGCAAUGCCACAUCCACCUGGCUCGGUGAAUUUCUUUAUGACUUUGGAUGGCUAUACACCCAUUAGCCAAGUUUUGAGUUUUGAUUAUCGAUCAGUGCCAAGUGAUAAGUUGGAUGGAGGGGUUACUUCAUCAGAAGAUGACAACAACAACCUAAAGGGGAAAGAAUUUCAGGUGCAGACAAGGCUUGCUCAUUUACUUUUCUCUACAACCAACAAUAUUUCCAUCCAAUCCAGCAGGACACAAUCAAAAUCCCUGAAGGAAGCAAAGAGAUAUGCAUCAGUCACAUCACCUUUAAUGGAAAAGGAUUGGAUGAAUCUGCUCAGGCUAAGCAGCAAUGGUGAAGCCUUCCAUGUACCAGCUACUAAAGACUUGUUUGAGCUGGUUCUGAAAAAUAAAUUACAAGAAUGGCUUUUGGAGAAGGUAGCUGAAGGUUGUAAAACACCUGCCCAUGAUAGUCAAGGUCAAGGGGUCAUCCACCUGUGUGCAAUUCUAGAUUAUGCAUGGGCUGCUCAUUUGUUUUCCUUGUCAGGCAUGUCUUUGGAUUUUCGAGAUGCUUCUGGCUGGACAGCGCUACAUUGGGCAGCAUAUUUUGGGAGGGAAAAAAUGGUUGCUGCUCUUUUAUCUGCUGGGGCAAACCCAAGCUUGGUCACGGAUCCUACUCCAGAAUUCCCUGGAGGAUGCAUUGCUGCUGAUUUGGCAUCAAAUCAAGGGUUUGAAGGCUUGGCUGCAUACCUUGCAGAAAAAGGAUUAACUGCACAUUUUCAGGCUAUGUCCUUGUCUGGGAACAUAAGUGCACCCUUGCUACCAAGUUCAACCGACAAAUCGAGCUCUGAAAAUUUAUAUCCUGAGAACCUUACUGAGCAAGAACUGUGUCUAAGAGAAUCAUUAGCAGCCUAUCGAAAUGCUGCUGAUGCAGCAGACCGUAUACAGGCUGCAUUCAGGGAGCGUGCUUUGAAGCAACAAACAAAAGCAGUUCAGUUGGUUAAACCUGAGAUUGAAGCAGCCCAGAUAGUUGCUGCACUAAAGAUUCAGCAUGCAUUCCGCAACUACAGUAGACGAAGGAUCAUGAAGGCUGCUGCACGAAUACAAAGCAAUUUCCGUACCUGGAAGACUCGAAGGCAUUUCCUUAACAUGCGUAAACACGCUAUCAAGAUCCAGGCUGCAUUCCGAGGUCAUCAAGUGAGAAAGCAAUACCACAAAAUAAUAUGGUCAGUUGGAGUGCUUGAGAAAGCAAUACUGCGCUGGCGUUUGAAGAGAAAAGGCUUACGUGGUGUUCAGGUUGAAUCAAAAGAAGCGAUGAAAGUGGAUUCGAACGAAGAGAGCACCGGAGAGGAGGAAUUUUUCAGAAUUAGUAGGGAGCAAGCUGAAGAACGUGUGAAAAGAUCAGUCAUACGGGUUCAGGCCAUGUUUCGUUCACAUCGAGCUCAACAAGAGUACCGAAGAAUGAAGCUAGCCUAUGAGCAGGCAAAUGUAGCGCUUCCUAACGGAGAUAUCUUAAAUUAUUUUUGAUUAUAAAUUCACUUAAAAUAUCAUGAUGCCUACAGUCAGAUUUUUAAGGUUAUAACUCAUGAAGGAUGCUUAAUCAUAACGACUUCUGAUGACAAACUUGCUCCCUGUCAGAUGCUGGGUCCAAUAUCUGACCAAGUGGGGGCUUGGGUGGUGUCAGAAGUGGCUUUAUUUAGCAUUGCCCAGUAACAAAUCCUAUCCUGCCUCUGUUGAAAUGGAGUAUUUUCUUUCAAAUGCACAAAUAAUUAAAAUGUCAUCCAUCAACCUGAAGCCCUCUACUCCAGUAUAUGUGAACUGCAUUUGAAUCUGUUGAGCCAGUUGCAUAGUUUGAAUCUGCUUCAUGCUGAAAUUAAUAUAAUGAAUGGAAUAUAAAGUUGGCGUUAUUG